CAUUUUCCGCAGAAUUUCUUUAUACCAACCGACAUUUAAGACAAUAAUUGAAAUGACGCUAACUAGCGUGGGAUUAUUGUGUUUGACAUUUGCAGUGUUUGGUACACUAUGUCAUGCUUAUGUGAAUCUGGCUUUGAAUAAACCAACAUGGCAAGCAAAUCAGUAUUGGCCAGGAAACCAAGUAUAUCACUCCAGUAACGCCGUCGACGGAAUGAAAUCUAACCUCCACGGAAAGGGAGGGCAAUGCGCUAUAUCACGGCGACAAGACGGCCCCUCCACCUUUUGGGUGAACCUUACAUCAAUCUAUAGCAUUCAUGACAUAAGGAUUUAUCUAAGAAAUGAUAAUAACACGUUGGAUACACCUGAUAUGUUAGCCCACAGAAGUCUGGGAUUUUAUAUCUAUGUUUCAAAUACUACCAAUCGAUCGGAUGGCUACCUUUGCUUUCACGACACGAAUUUCACCAAAUCUACAAUACCGACUGUUUUCAAUAUAUCUUGUCCAAUCCAUGGGCAAUACGUCAUCUACUAUAAUGAGAGGCUUCCAGGAGUUAAAUAUCCUAAGGAUUAUUCCAGUAAGGCUGUCACUGAUCUCUGUGAAAUUGAGGUUUAUGGUUGCAAGUCGGGAUAUUAUGGAUUUAACUGCUCUCUCUCCUGUCCUUACCAUUGUAGUUAUUGUCAUAUAGAGUCAGGAGAAUGUCUGCAAAAUAUACCCGGAUACGAGGGACCUCAGGGUAAAUUCAUUAACACUCACGAGGAACCAGAUUGGCAGCUCAGAUUUUAUGUAGCGAUUGGGACUUUCUUAGCAUCAGUUACUGUGACCGCAGUCUUACUCGCUUUAUUCUGUCUAAAGCGAAGAAAGAAAAUAAAUGUGUUAAAACAGAACAGAACAGACGUACCUGAUGCCGUACCGAAUGAAGGCAAUAACGGAUAUUUACUUGUUGACUAUCAGGAGUAGGAGUAGAAUCCUCCUUGAAUGAGUCCCUCAAACAGCAAAGGGAUGAAGGACACGAUUCAAGAAAUAGAAAUUUUAUAGAAUGUGUAAUGGGACUGUUCUUUAAAGCGUAAUUUGAUUGAAUACUGGACUAAUUUUUGUAAAAACGAAACGAGUAUUUCUUGGAAAAUUGUUCAUUUUUCACACUAUGGCCAUUUUUUUUCUUUUCACACAAAAUAUUACAAGCAACGAAACUCUUUAACUAAUGAAAUAUUAUAGGAAUGAAAGGGGGUUGUUCAUAUAAAUAAGUGAUUAGAAUUUGGGCAUAAGUAUUAAUAAUUACAGUCUGAAUUUCCUAUAUCAUAUUUCUAUAUUAAUUAUCUCCAAAAAAAAACAAAAAACAAAAAAAAAAAAAAAUAUGGAUAUAACAUGUCGCCUGUAAAUUUAAAAUAUAUCAAUAUACAAUCAUAUUCUUAUAAUGAAAUUAAUUAUAAAUUAAUACACUGUACAUUAACACGCUUUGCUUAUACAUAUGCGAUUUUUAAACUUAUAUCGAUUAGCAAUCUGGUCCACUGGUUGACGCACUGACUGGUCAAUGCAUGUGAUCUUUUAUCCCAACUGAAAGAUCUCCUUGCCAUGCUGAAUGGUCGACGCGCUGAUUUGUUAAUCAUUAAUUCUGAUUGACACCUCAAUUAUUUUAUACCAAACACGAGUUUGCUCCAUUGGACCGCUACUGAAAUUAGGGUUUGCUUUCGGCGUUCGCUCUAGAGCGAACCCGAAGCGGACUCAGAUAGCAAACCCGGCGUGCGCUUCAGAUUCGGUUUCUGUUAGGUUGUUUCAAGUCGAGACUCUGGAAAAUAUAUCUUAGGGGAAAAAGUUCAACACUACCCAGGGUAUAAUUGAUUUCCAUUUGUAAUAAAAGUAAUAUAAAAUCAGCUCAAGACUAUGAACAGUAUUGCUUCAUGUAGAAUCUUACACUCCUAUCACAUAAAUGAUUAUUGCACUCCUGCGUAUGGGAUCUUACCAAAAUCUUAACAUUUUGAACAAUAGAUCGUAGAAUAUUUAACAAGUGGCGUUGGCCAUACCAUUCUAGGAGCACGUACCAAGAACUGUUGCAGAAGAACCUUCGAUAGAACAAAAAAUUACGUUUCAAAGUAUGCGGUGUAGUGUUUAAGUGAACAUUUCUAGGAAAAACUUAUUUGCACCGUCUGCUUUCCUUAUACGUAGAAAUUGUAAAAACAAAUAUGGGUGCCUUAUCCAUAAUCUUUAAUUCUGCAUGAAUCAUGCAUAAUUCUCAUGUUAUUUUUUUUUUAAAUCAGAUUCCGUCUGUUUGUUUACAUGAAUUCAUGUUACGUUUCAUGUUCACUCUUCAAAUUCAGAUGAUUAACAUUCAUGACUUUUUUUUUAUUUAAUCCCCGAGACAAAAACAUAGCAAUUAAUACUUCCUAAAAACGGCAAUACUUUGUUUUUAUUGAUAUUUUGUAUGUAUUCAUCCUUUUUCAGGACCUAAAAUCAUUCUAUAACUACAGAUUUUAAGAAAUUCUUAUAUGUAUCUCUGAAGUUCACGUCAUAUAGCCUACUAAUGACGUCACAUUGAUUAAGAUAAUAGAAUAUCUCAUUGUAACCUUAACAGAUCCGCGCAAUAGUCUUAAAAAGUAUGAAUUCGACUUUUUGAUAUUUUGUAUUUUGCUAUUAAGGUUAUUAUAUAGAUCAACGAACUUACAAAUGUUACCUUAAAACGAGACUAUUGAUAUCCUAGUCUUGAACUGUUUGUCAAAAGAUUGUCUCCAUUAAAAAAUGUUUGUACGUAGAA